GAGGACAAUUGUAGCCUUCAAUUGGCGUCAUAUUUUCGUUUGUAAAUUUUCCUUUUUCCCCCCCAAAUCCUUCUCGUGGAAGUGAGUAUCUGGUUCUCGAGAGCUUUGCAUUGGUGACUCCGAUAGAUCGAACACAGAUAGUUCUGUUAGGGCUGCCGAUCUUUCUGCUUUUUACUGAUAUUGUGAAUCUUUUUACUCCUCCGCCUCCUAAACCGGCCAAUCACGCUCCACCUCGAGUUCACUAUUAGCCUAAAUCGGAAUCAGUCAUCCAGGAACCGCUUGAAUUUCCUACGGAGAAACAGAGCGGAAUCGGAGGAAUUGGCCAUGACAGCGUUAUCAAUAUCAAUUUCUUCGUUUCUUGUUCUUCAGGUAGUUCAUCUUCAUUAUUAUAAAAAGUUUGUGUCUAUCUGUCUCAUUUUAGGCGGAAAAGGUACUGCAAUAACGAUGAAAAAUAUGCUGGAGUCAUCAUUUCCUGGACUUGAAGUUAUUUUGGCGAAUUAUCCCCCACCCAUCCCAAAGCGUCUUCUCAGUAAAGUAGUACCCGUCGUUCAAUUUGGAAUCGUUGCAACAAUAAUGGCGGGGGAACAGAUUUUUCCUAGGUUGGGGAUGGCACCACCACCUUGGUACUAUUUCUUGCGUGCCAAUAGGUUUGGAAGCAUCGCAAGCAAUUGGCUGUUUGGAAAUUUUAUCCAGUCGUUCUUACAAAGUUCUGGAGCCUUCGAAGUAUAUUGCAAUGGUGAAAUGGUCUUUUCGAUUUUGAAGGAGCUGUGAUUUCCUGGUGAGAUCGAGUUGAGAGACGUCAUUGGUAGGAAACUUUCUGGGUCGAGAUUUGUCAACAACUCGGGAGGAUUUUGGUCAUAGGUAUGUGACUUCUUGUGAUCUAUACUAUCAAAUUAACAACUGGUGAUGUCAUGACAAAUCUAAUCCUAGUUUAUAAUAGCCAAGCAGGAGCAUGUUUGAGAGAGAUCCAGUUUCAAUAUGCCUAUCCUAAACAUAAUCCCUGUAACGUUUCUUUCCUACGAAAUCAAACUUUUAAACUUUCAAAUUUCAAAAUAACUUGAUUUCUACUAAUUAAUUACCUCCUGUUUC